GAGAGAGAGAGAGAUUUAGGUGGUGGAAAGUAACACAAGCUAGUUAUGGGCCAGUAAUAAUGCAAGUAAAGUAAAGGUGAAGCCACACUUUCCUGCAAUUGAAAGAGAUGUUUGGAAAUUGGAAGCUACAACACAGCAAGGCUCAAACCACUGAAGCAAAGCAAGAAGAGUGGUGAUGAUAAAGCUCCAUCAUCUACUAUCACCAAUGGUUCUGAACCCACUUGAGUUUCAGAGAAAAACCCAUCUUCUACCAUAAAAUAAUGGAGUCAGAAAUCAAAGAAAGAAGAGAGGAAACAGCCCCAAACAAGAACACAGCCGCCUUCUCAUCAUCAGCAGCAAGCAACAUGAACCUCAAGAACAAAGCCAUAGCUCAGUACAAUGCUGAUGCUGGGCUCUUGGCUGAGUUUGAACGGUCUACUGAUUCUGGUAAGUCCUUUAAUUACUCAAAAUCAGUUAUACAUGCACCACAAACUGUACCUGCUGAACAGAUUAUUGCUUAUCUCUCUAGAAUUCAGAGGGGUGGUCUCAUCCAACCCUUUGGUUGUAUCAUUGCAAUUGAAGAACCCACUUUUAAGAUCAUAGGUUACAGUGAGAAUUGCUUUAUUAUGUUGGGUUUGAACAAUCUUUUUGAGUCAAACAAGUCAAUGGGUCUGAUUGGGAUUGAUGCUAGAACACUUUUUAGCCCUUCUUCUGGGGUUUCUUUGGUGAAAGCUGUUGCGUCUAGAGAAAUUUCACUUUUAAACCCAAUUUGGGUCCAUUCUAAAACUACCCAGAAGUCAUUUUAUGCCAUACUCCACAGGAUUGAUGUGGGAAUUGUGAUUGAUUUGGAGCCUGCCCGAUCGAAUGAUCCUGCAUCGUCACUUGCGGGUGCAGUGCAAUCGCAGAAACUCGCUGUGAGAGCAAUUUCUAGGCUGCAGUCUCUCCCUGGAGGAGAUAUUGGAGUUUUGUGUGAUACUGUUGUGGAAGAUGUUCAGAAACUGACUGGCUAUGACAGGGUUAUGGUUUAUAAGUUUCAUGAUGAUGAUCAUGGUGAAGUUGUAUCAGAAAUUAGAAGGUCUGAUCUAGAGCCCUACUUGGGAUUGCAUUAUCCAGCAACAGAUAUACCUCAAGCUGCUCGAUUUUUGUUCAAGCAGAAUCGAGUUCGGAUGAUAUGUGAUUGCCAUGCAAAUCCAGUUAGAGUAAUUGUACAUGAAGAAUUAAAACAGCCCCUUUGCUUGGUCAAUUCAACCCUUCGUGCGCCCCAUGGCUGCCACACACAGUACAUGGCCAACAUGGGCUCUAUUGCCUCGUUGGUUUUGGCGGUUAUUAUCAAUGACAAUGACUCAAUGAAGCUAUGGGGUUUGGUUGUAUGUCACCAUGCAUCCCCUCGCUACGUUCCUUUUCCAAUUCGCUACGCUUGUGAAUUCCUAAUGCAGGCAUUUGGGUUGCAGCUCUACAUGGAGCUUCAAUUGGCAUCACAAUUAGCGGAGAAGAAGAUUCUCCGGAUGCAAACCUUAUUAUGUGACAUGCUCCUACGGGAUACCCCAGUUGGGAUUGUUACUCAAUCCCCUAGUAUCAUGGAUCUCGUGAAGUGCGAUGGGGCUGCAUUGUAUUAUGGUGGGAAAUGUUGGUUGUUGGGCGUGACUCCAACCGAAUCACAGGUCAAAGAUAUUGCAGAGUGGCUUCUAAAGAAUCAUGGGGACUCCACGGGAUUAAGUACAGAUAGUCUGGCUGAUGCUGGUUACCUGAGUGCAUCUUUACUUGGUGAUGCGGUUUGUGGCAUGGCAACUGCAAGAAUUACUUCAGAGGGUUUCUUAUUUUGGUUUAGGUCUCACACUGCUAAGGAAAUCAAAUGGGGAGGGGCUAUGCAUCAUCCUGAGGAUAAAGAUGAUGGUGGAAGAAUGCAUCCGAGAUCUUCGUUCAAUGCUUUUCUCGAAGUGGUUAAAAGUAGAAGUUCACCUUGGGAGGUUUCGGAGAUUAAUGCUAUUCACUCUUUGCAGCUUAUAAUGAGAGAUUCAGUUCAUGAGAUUGACAACAGUGGUCCGAAGGCAAUGGCAUACACACAACACAAUGAUUCUGAGGUAAAAAGGUUGGAUGAACUUAGUUCAGUGGCAUGUGAAAUGGUUAGAUUGAUUGAGACAGCAUCGGCUCCUAUUUUUGGCAUUGAUUCGGGUGGUUUUAUCAAUGGAUGGAAUGCAAAAAUUGCUGAAUUGACAGGAUUACAAGCUAGUGAAGCUAUGGGGAAAUCCUUGAUCAAUGAAGUUGUUCAGGAGGACUCGCGUGGAGUGGCUGAAAAUCUUAUGUGCAGAGCUUUGCAUGGUGAGGAGGAGAAAAAUGUUGAGUUAAAGCUGCGAAAGUUUGGGCUACAUCAGCAAAACUCGGUUUUAUACGUUGUGGCCAAUGCCUGUACAAGUAGGGAUUACACAAACAAUGUUGUUGGGGUGUGCUUUGUAGCUCAAGACAUCACAUCUGAGAAAGUUGUUAUGGAUAAAUUCAUCCGCUUGCAAGGGGAUUACAAGGCCAUCAUACAAAAUCUUAACCCAUUGAUUCCACCAAUAUUUGCUUCAGAUGAAAAUGCCUGCUGUUCUGAAUGGAAUGCAGCCAUGGAAAAGCUAACUGGUUGGAUGCGAAAUGAGAUUAUUGGAAAAAUGCUUCCAGGGGAAAUUUUUGGGGGUUUCUGUCAGCUGAAAGGUCAAGAUACACUCACUAAAUUUAUGAUUCUUAUGUACCGAGUGAUUAGUGGUCAUGAUUCUGAGAAGUUCCCAUUUGGGUUUUUUGAUAGGAAGGGGAAAUAUGUGGAGGUGCUCUUAAUGGCAAAUAAGAGAACCGAUGAGGCCGGGAAUAUAAUUGGGUGUUUCUGUUUUUUGCAGACAGUUGUGUCUGACGUGCAUGCCUUUGGAAACAAACAAGAGAGUGGAGAGAGCCUUUCGAAACUCAAAGAGUUGGCUUACAUUCGACAAGAGAUGAAAAAUCCACUGAAUGGAAUACGGUUCAUCCACAAACUCCUGGAAAGUACUGCUGUUUCAGAGGACCAGAAGCAAUUUCUUGAGACUAGCGAUGCAUGUGAAAGACAGAUAAUGUCAAUCAUAGAAGACAUGGAUUUAGGAAGCAUAGAGGAGGGCAGCAGCAUGGAGCUAAACGUGGAAGAGUUUAUCUUGGGAAACGUUAUAGACACAGUUGUUAGCCAAGUUAUGAUUCUACUAAAGGAGAAGAAAUUACAACUAGUUCAUGAAAUUCCUGAUGAAAUCAAAAUGCUAUAUCUAUUUGGCGACCAGGUUAGACUUCAGCUGGUUUUGUCGGAUUUCUUGCUUAAUAUAGCACAUUAUGCACCUUCUCCAAAUGGUUGGGUAGAAAUCAAGGUCUCGCCUGGUUUGAAACUGAUACAAGAUGGGAAUGAACUUGUCCAUUUACAGUUCAGAAUGACUCAUCCUGGUAAGGGCAUUCCUUCUGCUAUUAUUCAAGAUAUGUUUGAAGGAGGAAACAAAUGGACAACACCGGAAGGACUUGGUCUAAACCUGUCCCGCAAACUUCUUAGUAUUAUGAACGGUCAUAUCCAUUAUGCGAGAGAACAAGAUAGAUGUUACUUCCUCAUUGACCUCGAACUUAGAACAAAAACGUCAAGACAACAACAGGAUACAAGCCGAACGACCUGAUUGAUUUCUUCUUCAGUGUAUCUAUCAGCUUCAAUUUUCAAUAUUAUUUCCUGUUAAAGCCCAACAUCUAUUAUGGUUUUGAUUGCUUUUUAGUAAACUGUUGUGCAUGUUGCUCUUUAUCGAGAGAUCUUUCUAUCGCAGUUUCAUCUGCAUCACUCUUGUAUAUGACCAACCAUAACAUAAAGGCAUAUGCAUGAACAUGUAAAUAUCUACUGUUCUUGAGAUGUAGAAAUUGAAGCCCUGUAUUUUGGUUCACUGGCCAAGGGGCUAGUGUAAAUGUUUGUGUACUGAUGAAACAAUGAAGAAAUGUGUUGUGGGUA